GUAGCCGAUAGGCCGCUUUCCGGUAUAUCCUCAUGGAUUGAAAAAACCACUGUAAGGAAACGUAAUAAAUGGCAAGAUUACUGCGAAGAUGAUCCCGCUGAUGUGGCGAUGAAUAUGAAACGAACGAAAAUGGGAAUAACUGAAGAGGAAAAUGGCAAAGUCAGCAUAGAAAUUGUGGAAGAUGAGCAUGAGGAUGAUUCGAAACAAACUCAACCAGAUGAGACAAAGGAAGAAUCGGAUGAAGAAAUUGCUGACAAGGAAGACUUGUCAUUGGGCAUGGAUAUCGAAACCCUACGCUUGAAACUGGUUAAUAUUUAA